UGCUCCGAGAGUAUGUAUGUACAGAGCGCUUCUUUGGGAGAAUGAUCAAAAUAAGAAUCUAAUUGAUUUCCCCUAGCCAAGGUUUAAUUAUACUGAGGGUCACUUCGAGCAAACUCUUCUGAUUAAUUUAAUUCAUCGAAUAACUUGCAGGGCGAUUAACAUAAAGAAAAAGGUUAUUUCGUUUGGUAUCAGCAAUCUUCUCGUGUUUUUCAUAAUAUGACACUCUGUAUAAGAACGGAUAAUGAGUACCAGCCUUAAGAAUACAUAUCUCGUCGGUGACUGGUGAGUGAACAUGUGAUAAGCUAUAGUGUCAAUACUGUGUCGCACCGUGUCGUUUGUGUUCUUCAUUGAGAAAAUUUCCAUCAAUCUCGUGCACGGAUUGUACUUUUGUAGCUCGUGGAUGUAUUUGCGAUUAUGUAGUUAGGUUCGUGCAUCGCGCUUAAGUUUGACGAUCGAGUUUUCAACUUCGAAGUCGUCCUGGAGUAUUUAAUCGUGCGAUUGAUUUACUGCACGUGAGAUCGUAAAAGUUUGAGAAAUCCUCCGAUGUGAGUUUGACACUUAGGAUGGCAGGAGUAUUCGAUAUCGAGUUACACGAUGGAGAUGCCACAAAUCAGGAUGAAUCGGACGAUGACGUGAUUGAGCACCGAGAGGAGGAGUACAAUCAUGUCGCGACUGUAAGCGCUAUAUUAGAGUCGGAGAAUGUGGAGAGAGUUCAGUUGUCAGAGCAGAAUGUAAAUCCUGGUCAGGAGAAGGCCGGUCCGCAGGACUUUGAGCUGUGCAAAAUUUUAGGAGAAGGUGGCUACGGAAAGGUUUUCCAAGUAAGAAAAGUCACUGGCAAGGAUAAAGGUAGUAUCUUUGCUAUGAAAGUAUUGCGCAAGGCAUCCAUUAUCAGAAAUCAGAAAGAUACUGCCCAUACCAAGGCUGAGAGGAACAUCUUGGAGGCAGUGAAACAUCCAUUUAUCGUAAACCUUAUGUACGCUUUCCAAACUGGUGGUAAACUAUACUUGAUCCUGGAAUAUUUGUGUGGUGGUGAGCUUUUUACGUACCUCGACCGAGAAGGUAUCUUCCUGGAAGAUACCACUUGCUUCUACCUGUCUGAGAUUAUACUGGCGCUGCAACAUCUUCAUAAUCAGGGAAUUAUAUACCGAGACUUAAAACCAGAGAACAUUCUGCUAGAUGCUGAGGGUCAUGUCAAGUUGACGGACUUUGGUCUCUGCAAGGAGCACAUACAAGAGGGCACCGUCACGCACACAUUCUGUGGAACGAUAGAAUACAUGGCUCCGGAGAUCCUGACUAGAAGUGGCCACGGUAAGGCUGUAGAUUGGUGGAGUCUGGGUGCUCUGAUGUUCGAUAUGCUCACGGGGAUGCCGCCGUUCACUGGUGACGACAGAAGGAAAACCAUCGAGAAGAUCCUACGAGGAAAACUGAGUCUUCCGCAAUACUUAACACCGGACGCCCGAGAUUUGAUUCGCAAGCUCUUGAAGAGGCAAGUUGUCCAGAGACUGGGAUCCAGUCCAGAAGACGCAGAGCAGAUCAAGAAUCACAACUUCUUCAAGCAUAUCAAUUGGCAGGAUGUUAUCGCGCGAAAGUUGGACCCGCCGUUUAAGCCAUCUCUGAAGAGUGCCGACGACACGUCGCAAUUCGACGAACAAUUCACAGCGACUGUGCCGGUUGAUUCGCCGGUCGAGAGUACCCUUAGUGAAUCCGCGAAUAUGAUAUUCCAGGGGUUCACGUACGUAGCACCGAGUGUUCUAGAAGAGAUGUACGCGCAGCCGAAGGUCGUGAACGCCAGGAGUCCACGUAGAGGUCUGUUAAACAACACGGCGGGUUUCGGCACCGCGGCAACCGGUCUACACGGCUUCUCCUCGCCCAGAUCGAUGGACGUACAUCUGCGUCCGUCAUUAGACUUCCAGCAGCAACACAGGCAACACGUGGUAGGAUCAAAUAGCGUGGAGGACGCCGAGAUGGUGGACCUUGGUCCGUUAUCGAAUCAUUUAUAGUGCUGUGACAUAUCACGCACAAAUUAUUAGCUUUCUGAUAUAUAUAUAAACUAAGGACGUAUAAAAAGUAUGGUCCGCAGAGUCGUUCGUGCGCCGAAUCAUUUACGUGUCGAUAGACGAUCGAGCAGAGUUGUAUUUAGAAAAUUCAAUGUUAUGUAUAGUGAAGAGUAAACACACACAGUAAGUUUGAACAGCUUUCUCGUGCGAUAUUCUCUAGCUUAUCGCGGUACUGCCUGCAUACACGACCUUAGACCUUUAGCUAUUUCAGAACGAUUAAAACGUUCGUUUUGCAAUGCGAAGAAGUAAAUAAGUAUAUGUCUUUUCGCUAUGUAAAUACGUGUGGAUGAUUGAGAGUAAGUACAUUCUUUAGGCAAACUUGCAGCAUUAACGAAACGUUCUUCAUGAGCAAAGUGCAGUUCUGAAUCUGAGGAUUAUAUCAUAAUAACAGUACGAAUGUCAGAGUCAUAUCGUUGAUUGUAGCAUAAUUGAUUAGUACUAGACUACGUCUAACGAUUCAAGUUGGUUCAUACGUUAAGCGACGCGAGCUUUAAAAAGAUAUUAGACUGACGAGAAGAGCGUUACCCUCGCAGAAAUAUUGCACGAUCGUGUCUCUUUUUUUCUUUUUAAAUCUUGAUAACUUCUUUUUGUUUUGUUGGAAGAUGAUUUUGUUUGGAACGUGAUCCGUUCUCUCCACUUCAAAUGACAUACUUCGAAUGAGAAUGUACUUUUCUAAUCUCUCUCUCUCUCUCUUGAGCAAUUCUCUGUGUGCUUUCUAUGCAAUAUGUAUCAAAGUAUACAUGUAAGAGAUACGCUUCUUUCUAUUUUGACAUUGAUUCUAGUGAAAGUAAUUCGAUAUUCCAAUAUAAUUUACGUGCUCCGGGUGUUACGACAAUUUGAUACACUUCAAUACAAGGUGGAACAUUGAAGCUUCUAACAGAGUUAUUAGGAGCGAGUGCAGACUUAUCAA